GGGGGGGGGGGGGGGUGAUUGGCAGUCACCGAGGUACAUUGUUGAGUAGUGUGACAGCUGCAGGGAAGAAGCUGUUCCUAGGAGGGUAAAUGGUCCAUGGUAGGAGGGUAAACAUUGAGCAUGUUGCUUUGUGAUUUGUAACAACUCAUUAACCUCAUUAUCUCUUUUAUUUGGUUUACAGAAUAUUUAACUUAAAAGAAAAGAGAAUAUACAAGAAAAGUUGGUUGAUGGGAAAAGAAGUGAUCAGUGGAAAUAUGUUAAAUAAAUGUAUGUAGAUAGAUCCAGUGCAAGAGCCAAAGGGACGGAGGAGGCAAGUCAGAAAUGAGGGUUUUGUCAGGAAGAAAAGGGGUUAUGAAGUCGAGCACAAUUUGAGGUAGGCUGAGAUGAAUUUGUGGUAGGAAAUACAAUGAUUUAAUUUUUCAUUAUAUGUAGGAGUGGAUGAAAUUAAUUACAGCUUGCAUUGGGAACUGAACAUGGAGAGGUCACGAUCCUUGAUGAAGAGGUGAAGAUUUUAAAAGGAAAAUUGACAUUAGACAACUGUAGAAGCACAGUGUUAUCAAAGGGUCAAGAAUGGUAGCAACAGUGAUCUGUCAAUAGUGCACAGGUGGAUAACAUCAAAGGAAAACGUACAGAAAGUUGCCCAUCGUUAAGGGGGAGGAGUGGGAAGAGGGAGGGAGAGGGGGGUGAAGAGAAAUUAUGCAUUUAUUGGAUAUAACCUUAAUGAAACAUUAAGUUUGGAGAGCAUUUGACAAAGUAGAUAUUCAAGGUAGAUAAGUUUUACUUCAUGGGGUAACCAAUAGGCAUUGUUUUAAAACAAUGACACAACAAUGGACAGAAAUUUGAUCUAAAGUGGAGUCAAGGGUUAAGGGUAACAGGCUGAAAAUUGGAAUUGAGGCCAAGAUCUGAUCGAUGAUGAUCUUGUUAAAUAUCAGCGUAUGCGUCAGGCUCCCCAUAUCUCAGCGUUCUCUGACGAUUUUCAGUUCAUUUGGCAGUUACUGCAGAGGUUUAAUUUCAAAAGUGAACAAUGUACAUGCAUGAUGCUUUAUCAUUGUUUACAAAAAUAUCUUCAGUGUUUACAUCAUUGUUUCAUCAUCUCUGCUGAGAGAAACUCAUAGCUAAUGAAUAUUAUGAGGUGAGGGAAAUCUUGGUAACCUGACCUGAUGCUGACUAUCAGUGAUGUGUGGAUUCUACUGGAUGUUCAGAAACAGCGAGUAUUAUUAAUCAGGAAAAAAAAGACUACAGCUUAAUAUUUAGUCUUUUUGCUCAAAAUUAAGCUACGCUUUUUGAUUUUGUACAUAUCAAGUCACAAAGAAAAUGCUAAGACGAUUGGGUGUUUUUAACUUUUUAAAUCCACUCUGGUUUUUAGGUCUGACAGAUGAUAAAGUAAAGGCAUACCUUUCCCAUCAUGCACAUGUGCUGGAAGAAUAUGUGGCAGAAAGUGUUGAUGUCGAAACGGUAGAAAAAUGGCUAAUGAAGAAACACAACAGAACAGAAGGUGAUAUUUUGCUGAAGUUAGCGAGCCCCACUGCUGAAACACCAGGAUCAGAAUUAACUGGGGAUGACAGUGUGGCUAAGGAAUCUAAAAGGUACUUGGACAGCAACAUGCAGUCAGUGGUUCAAGAGUUAAAUACCCACAUAGAAAAGUAUGAUGAUCUUGCCGCUGAUAAUAAACUAGUUAUCUAUGAAUUAUCCAACAUCAUAAAAACAGCUACCAAUGCGGACUCAUUUGCGCUUUAUUUCGUGGGAGAAUGUACCAAUGAAUCACUAUGCUUGUAUACUCCUGUGGGAUUUAAAGAUAAACAGCGACUCAUUCCUGCUGGACACAUUGGAUAUGGCACCACUACAGCAUCGUAUGUUGCUAAGUUCAGGAAAACACUAUUGGUGGAAGACAUUGCUGAUGAUAAACGAUUUCCAAAAGGGACAGGGCUGGACACAGGAACUGCGGUCCAAUCUGUUCUCAGUUUACCAAUAAUCAACGCUUCAGAUGAAUUAUUAGGCGUUUUAGAAUUGCAUCGAGAUUUUGGCCACGAUCCUUUUGAUAUCAAUCAACAAAAGGUUGCCACUGCAAAUUUAGUGUGGGCUUUGGUAGCAUUUAAUCAAGUCCAGAUAGCCAAAGGCCUUACCAAACAGACUGAAAUGAAUGAUUUUCUACUAGAUGUGUCCAAAACCUACUUUGAUAACAUAUUGGCAAUAGAUUCACUGCUUGAACACAUUAUGAUAAAUGCAAAAAACUUAGUGAACGCAGAUCGCUGUGCGCUCUUUCAGGUUGACCACGUCAAGAAAGAGUUGUUUUCAGACUUGUUUGACAUCGGUGAAAUGAAGGAAGGAAAACCAGUCUUCAAGAAAACCAAAGAGAUCAGGUUUUCUAUCGAGAAAGGAAUUGCUGGACAAGUGGCACGGACUGGAGAAGUUCUAAACAUUCCUGAUGCCUAUGCAGACCCCCGCUUCAACAGAGAAAUAGACCUGUACACAGGGUAUACCACACGCAGCAUCCUCUGUAUGCCUAUCGUCAGCCGAGGGAUUGUCAUUGGUGUUGUACAAAUGGUGAACAAAAUGAGUGGACAUGCCUUUACUCAAACAGACGAGAAAAACUUUAAACUGUUUGCAGUUUUCUGUGCUUUGGCUUUACACUGUGCAAAUAUGUACCACAAAAUCCAACAGUCAGAGUGUAUUUAUCGAGUCACAAUGGAGAAGCUGGCUUAUCAUAGUGUGUGUUCAAAUGAAGAAUGGCAGACCCUCAUGAAAUCCACACUUCCGAAAGCUCUUUGCAAAGAAAUCGAACAAUUCCACUUUGAUAUCAGCCCCUAUGAGGACCUCUGGCCAACCUUUUAUGUCUAUAUGAUUCAUAGUAGCUGUGGAAAAAACAGCAUGGACCUGGAGAAACUAUGUCGAUUCACAAUGUCCGUGAGGAAAAACUACCGCCGUGUGCCUUAUCACAACUGGAAGCAUGCAAUCAGUGUGGCUCAUUGCAUGUACGCCAUCCUGCAGAGCGUCCAGGGAACAUUUACAGAACUGGAGAGAAAAGGUCUCCUUGUGGCUUGUUUGUGCCAUGACCUCGACCAUAGAGGAUAUACAAAUACAUAUCUACAUAAGUUUGACCACCCGCUGGCUGCUUUAUAUUCCACCUCCACAAUGGAGCAGCAUCACUUUUCCCAGACAGUUGCUAUCUUACAGAUGGAAGGGCAUAAUAUUUUCGCCAAUCUAACAGGGGAUGACUACGAGCAUUUGCUCGAGAUUAUUCGGAAGGCCAUUAUUGCCACUGAUCUCGCUCUAUAUUUUGGAAACCGAAAACAGUUAAGUGACCUAAUGCAAGCAGGAGCAUUGAACAUCAACAAUCAAGCACACAGAGACAGGGUGAUUGGUCUAAUGAUGACAGCUUGUGAUCUCUGCUCCGUCACCAAGUUAUGGCCAGUUACCAGGGCAACAACCAAUGAUAUAUAUUCUGAAUUCUGGGGAGAGGGUGACGAGAUGAAAAAAGUAGGAAUACAGCCCAUACCCAUGAUGGACAGGGAGAAAAUUGAUGAAAUUCCUGACGGCCAGGUUGGUUUCUACAAUGCUGUAGCCUUGCCUUGCUAUCGUACACUUGCAGAGGUCUUUCCAGCAAGCACUCAGCUGCUAAAAGCUUGCAGGGAGAACCUAUCGCAGUGGGAGAAGAUAGUACAAUCAAGAAUUGCCCAAGGAGCACCUCGGAGUCCUGUGAAGAACAGUGGUGGAAAAUUUGAGGCCUAAUGGAACCAAUACUUUGAACUGAAUGUUCCACUGUUCAGUACUUGGCUCUGAAUUAAAGAGGAACCUGUAACUGUUGAUGAUAUAAUAACAUUACCUCAUGAAUCCAUAACAACAUGACUCCCUUUCUAGUUAAUAAGACUAGACAUUUGGAAAUGUAACAUUUUGUGAGGCAUCCAAUGUAGCUAUUCUAGCAAAUCUGUUGUGUUUGAAAAUAACAUGAUUUUUAAGAGAACAUUGGCCCUUAACCAACCAUAUUCUGUAUUGCUGUGGCCUUAAUAUUCUUCCAGGUAGGAAAGAACUUUCCAUGAAUUGUAUGCGAGGUGGAGCAUCUGCAGUGAUACUUAAAAUGCUUUGGGUUUUAAAACAAUACCGAUCUGCAAACAUUAUUUUCAUUAUGGGUAGUUUACAUAUUGGUGUGUUCCUUAGUAGAACAUAGGAUGAGGUUACAUUGUAGUAAUUAUAGUCUGAGAGUCACAAAUAUUGUUAAAUUAUUACUUGAGCUGAUGACAGCACACGUCAGACAUGCAUCUGAUGUGCAAAUUGCAAAAAAAAAGAACAUAUCUUUCAGCCAUCUUAGACUUAUUGCUAAUCCAGAAUCGUAAAAUAAAUUCACAGUCACAUUUCUAUUGGGGACAUGAAUGAAGACAAGCCAUGGGAUGUAGAACUUAUUUGUAGGAAAGACAGAGGGAAGCAUUGUUAUUUUUUAAAUUUUCUUGAAUUGCUAUUUUCUUUUAAUAUUUUUUUACCAUAGGACAGAUGUUGUCUCAGUGCAGGAAACACCAUGGCUGCCCUACAGUCAACCGGCCCACCAUAAGCCAUAACUGAAGUAAUUGGGUGUCUGCUGUUCUGCUUUCUUGACAUUAAGUGGCAUUAACAAAUUCCCAGUGAUUGGAAAAUAUUGGCAAUAUGAUCUUGUGUCCCCGCAUCAUGGUUGCGAAUCAAAAAGAGACGAUACAGAGGAAGAGAAAAUGGAAAUUAUAUUGGGCAUAAAGAAUGCCCUUGCAAAAGGCUUUUAAUCAUUUCUAACUACUACACAUUGAUCAUUCCACAUAUGGUAUCUGAACAUUUGCAAAGUUAAUGUUCCAAAUUGGCAAAACAUUGCAUCCUUAAUACUUCAUUUGCCUCCCUAAUAUUGUGAAAAACAUACCAUAGAGCUAAUGGGCCUUUUCAAGUACUUCUACUAUUGCAGUAUGUUGCACUAGCCUACUCUAGAAUGCUGUUAAUCUUGUUAGCUCUAGUUUCUUCUGGAAGUUUUAGAAUAACUUUUUGCACUCUUUCAUUGUACUUAUAUAACGGAAUGCUUUGUGUGCAUGUACUAUGUACAAACAAACUGGAACUUCAUAACAUAUUACCAAUCACGCCUGCUGCCUAAGCAGCUUCAACGUCACCUGUAAAUAGAAGAAAAUGCUGACAAACUGUCCACUUUAGGUUUAUUAUAACAUGUAAUGUUUCAGCGUAACAAAUGUUAAUAUUGUUUACUGCAAGUGAUCUUGGUUAUGUACAUUUUCAAUGCAGAAACAUAACACUGUUAUUGUAAAUUAAUUUUUACACAGCAUAGUAUGUUGGUUUAAAAAGUCCAAAGUUUUGGAUGGGCUUUUACGUUGCAAGAGAAAUAUUUCCAGAGCAGAUAUAUGUUCACUAGUAACAGAAUAUACUUUGUAAGAAGGGAAAAUGGAAACAAAUGCAAGUGCAAUAAUUUUGAGGUGUCUUAACUUCCAGUUUAUAAAUUAUAAAUAUUGUAUAUGUUCUGUAAGUUUAUUUGUCUCUUCAUUUGCAGUCUUUGUAUUAAAAAAAACUACACACAUUAUGUUUGUACAAUGGAGUUUUAAAGUCAUUUAUUACACUACUGAUUAUUUAUAAAUAAAUGCUCAAAUCAACACCCAUAAUAAGAAAGUAUCAAAGUUUCAUGUAAGUUUAUAAUGUUGACUAUUGAAACCAGGUACAGAGGAAAAGCCCUAUAUUAUUCUUCAACAGGAUAGACAAAUGACUGACAUUUCAUUAAGCUCUUUAGCACUCCAACUCACUCAACAUAAUACGCAAGUGGAUUUUGGUUAGUCCUAAUUCCUUUACAAAUAUUACCUACCCUUAUUCCAAAACAGUUUUAAAGGGGUCACAUGAAACUUCAAAUACUUUAAUCUUGUGCAGAAAUCAAACCGUUGGCCGAAUUCAGCAGGUCAGGUAGCAUCAGCAGAGUGAAAUGGACAAAGUUUGAAGUCUGAAGAAGGGUCCCGACCUGAAAUGCUAUCUGUUCAAUUCCCUCCACAGAUGCAGUCUGACCCCCUGAGUUCAUUUUAAAUGUAUGUGGUGCACUAGAAAUAAUUAUGCCAUGUAAAAUCUUUAAAAAGUGCGAUAUUUUCUCCAUUGUCAGAGAUAGGUCAAACGCAAUUUGGACGAACAGCAUCACAUAUUUUGCUUGGGCAGCUUACAACCCAGUGGUAUGAAUUGUGAUUUCUCUAACUUCAAGUAAUCCCUGCACUCCCUCUCUCUCCAUUACUCCCCCACCCAAGUUGCUCCAAGUUCCCGUUCUCACCUGGCGAACAUCUAACAAUGGCCUGUUUCCUUUACCAUUGUUACUUUUUUGCAUAUCUUUCAUUCAUUUAUUUUAUAUCUCUCUACAUCACUGUCUAUAUCUCUCGAUUCCCUUUCCCCAGACAAGUCAGAAGAAGGGUCUUGACCCGAAACGUCACCCAUUUCUCUCCAGAGAUGCUGCCUAGCCCGCUGAGUUACUCCAGCAUUUGGUAUCUCUGCUCAGAUGUACCUGUAAUACAUUAGGAAAACUCAUAGAAAUACAAGUUGGAGAAUAAAGUGGUGCAUCCAAAUCUUUCACCAUGCCUAAAAAUCUCAUUAUGUAGCAGAAUGUUUAAGAAAGAACUGCUGUUCCUUAAAAAAUCGGUAUACAAAAAUGCUGGAGAAAUUCACCGGGUGAGGCUGCAUCUAUGGAGUGAAGGAAUAAAUUCAAUUGCUGGCUGUAGGCCAUUAACAAAUAUCGGGAUCUAUCAGAUCCAUUUGAAAAUGGAUCAUCUUGCGAAGUAUAUCAUCUUUCAGAAACUCAAGUAUUUUCUCACGAACAGUUAUGAAUAACAAUGAUCCUGAGGUAAAAGCGAAGUACAGUAAGCCUCAUUUUGAUGGACCUUUACACUGUAUAACAGAUUUCGGCAAUAGCGGACUGACCUACUGAUGGAUGCUCGCGCUGCCUCCCUGUUCCCUUGUACCCCCGGCAACACCCACUACACGCUCGGCUCUCAUGCUGCUUCAGGGUCAGACCUUCCGCCACAACCCUGGGCCUACACAGCUUCCUCGGAC